GGUGGUGGUGGGGGGGGCUGGGAAGGAGGAGACGGAGCUGAAGGAGGAGGAGGGGGGUAUCGGCCCAGGUCUCGCUCCCCGGGGGGCUACAGGAGGAGCAGGAGUCCAGGAGGGGUUAGAGGUCACCAUAAGCCCCCCCCUCGAGAGCCGCCUCCUUACGAGCAUAAAGGUGGACCUGACCUGUCUCCCGGGGGCAGGGAGCGCUGGGAGAGAGAUAGCUACAGACAGUGGGAGAAAGAGUACAGGGACUGGUACAACAAGUACUACAAAGACUACAGUACCCAGCAUGCCUCGGUGCACCACCGCGGUGGCCGGGGCAGCAGAGAGAGGGACCGCCUCUCCCCUCCACCCAGAGACUACUCCCCCCAGGGGCGAGUGAGGAGGGGUGAGAGAGGGGGACCUCCCGGACCCCACAGAACUCACCACGCCUUGUCCGCUCUGCCCUCUGCCUCCGUCAGGGGGAAUGGAAGUAAGGAGCGCACGCAGGGGGACGCUAGUAAAGAGCGCACGCAGGGGGGAACCAAAACGUCAGAGGGCGGAACUAAAACUCUGAAAGGGAAGAAACUGAAGAAGAAGAAGAACGGGGAGGAGCUGGAUUCAGCCAACCAAUCACUGGACAGGGGUGAUGCCACACCCGUCAGGGACGAGCCAAUGGAUGAACUCCACACCCUGACCCCUAGCAAAGCCCCACCCACCUCCYCCAAGGUCUCGACCAAUAAGGCAGCGCUGCCGUCUGGUAAAACCCCUCCCACCUCGUCCAGCCAGUCAGAGAAGAGCAGGAAGGAGAAGGGAGGCAAGGUGAAAGGAGAGAAGGUUAAGAGAAAGACGGGAGGAGAGGCGYCYGUCGCAGCCUCUAAGAACAAAGAGUCUUCAGCCGCUAAAUCAACCAAAGCAUCCAAGGUCAAACCAGACGAGCCAAUCAAGAGAGAGAAGGGGCGUAGCACCCCUACUGUUAGAGGAAGUUUGGCUAAACUCCCCCUGCCCCGCCCCCUCCCCCCUCACCCCCACGACCUCCCUAAACACCUGGGUGACCCCCGCGGGGGAAGGAGGGACCCCAUUCACGGUGUCGGGGUACGCCUCCCUGGUCGCCCCCUCCAGCCUGCACCUCCCUCCCCAGCAGAGAAGAGGAGGAGAGUGGAGGAGAGGGAAAGGGGGAGGGGGAUGGACAGAGGGAUGGGGGGCCCCCCGGCUAAGCUCCGCCGUGCCGAGGUUCCGUACCCCCAGAGAGGACUUCCAGCCAAGCCUCACCUCCUCCUGAACCUGGCAUGCAGAGAGACGGGUAGAGGAGAGGGUCUGCUCCCCAUCCCUGGAACCUCGCAGACAGGGAGGCUAGACCGUUUCCAUCCCAUCUCCAUCUCCAUCCCCGGGCCUGGUUCCUCCAUGGACCUGGGGAGAGAGGGGAGAGGCGACGGGCUGCUGCCCACCCCAGGGAGCUCUGAGGCGGGCAGAAGAGAGAGUGACAGGGGGUCUAUCUGGCCUCUCAUGGGUCUGCAGGUCAAACCCUUCCCCCAGAGGAGAAUCAAACUGAACAGAGACCUGGGGAGGAACAGCAGUAUGUCCCGCCCAGAGGAGAGACCAGCUCCAGCUACUAAUAUCAC